UUUUUUCUUUUCUAUUUUGUCGUUCCCGGUCCGAAGUCACUAAGCAUUAUCGCCGGCGAUUCUGCAAACGAUGCAAUCAGCGGCGAAUUUUCCGGUGAUAUGGAAUCUAUCGCCACUUGGAUCGUCAUCCUCGAAAGUUCAAUUAGUGAACCUUAAGCAGCAUCGAAACAAGGCUCACUCGCUUCGUUGUUUGAGAUCAAAAGGGAAUGAAGAAGAGUUUGAGAAUUCUUCUCAGGACAAACUUGGAGUGUCUUCUGUUGUAAAAGAAGAUAAACAUAAGGAUAUAUGGAGCCUCUUUAGAGAAGCUCAACAAAAUAUCCUUUACUUAAACAAGCAACGCCUAGCUGCCGUUGAGGAGUUAGAGAAGCUGAAGAAUGAGAAAGUUGAAUUGCUAGAGAGGUUAAACCAAUUGGAAGCAGAAAUUCAGAUUAUAAUCAAGAAAGCAGAUAAGUCAUCUCUGUUAUGGGAGUUACUUCUCCGUAUUGAUUCAAUGGUGAUCAAUGGAUUGAUUGGUACGGAAGAAGCUUCGUCCAUGAGACAACUGGUUAGGGAGCAUGAAGCGAACAUCUCUGAGUUUCCUCUUGAUGUCCUGCAACAGGGAGAUGAUGCCCAAGUUCUAGCAGAACUUAGACGGUUCCCAAAUAAAGGCAAAAGGAAUGGUCUCCACGUGAUUCAUAUUUGCACCGAGAUGGAUCCACUAGUUUCUGUUGGACCUUUGGCUUCAUAUAUUACAGGACUCUCUUGUGCACUCCAAGGAAAGGGCUACUUGGUUGAAGUUAUACUGCCAAAAUACUCUACACUUGAUUUGGACCAAGUGGAAGGGCUUAGAGAAAUCGAAGCUGUUACAUAUUCUUAUUUCGACGGUCAGCUUCAUGCUAAUCGAAUAUGGAAUGGAGUUGUCUCUGGAGUAGGAGUGACACUUAUUCAACCAUUGUAUUAUGGUUCAAUGUUUAGCCGUGACAAAGUAUAUGGCUAUCCAGACGAUGUUGAUAGAUUUGCCUACUUUUCUCGUGCUUCGUUGGAUUACAUUGCAAAAUCUGGGAAGCAGCCUGAUGUGUUACACAUUCACAACUGGCAAACUGCAAUAGUUGGACCGCUGUUUUGGGAUGUUUUUGUUAAUCAGGGACUUGAAGGUACUAGAAUACUCUUGACAUGCCAAGGAUUUGUCUCGAAGUGUCUUGUGCCUCCUGAGAAGUUGGAGCUAUGUGGGCUUGAUCCAGCUAGUCUUCAUCGUGCUGAUCGCUUACAAGAUAACACGAAUCCACAAGUUGUUAAUAUAUUAAAGGGUGGUAUUGUCUACUCAAACAAAGUUGUAAUAAUGCCAUCUUCACCUUCUGAGGGAAGCACACUCCAUCGUAAAUCAAUCCCUGGUCUCGAACCAACUUUAGCUGUUCACAAGGAGAAGUUGUGUUUUGCUCCUUUUGCGUUGGACAACUCAAAAUGGGAUCCUUCAAUAGAUGUUUAUCUCCCUGAAAACUACAGUGCUGAUGAUUUACGGGGGAAAUCAACAUGCAAAGUUGAACUGCAGCGUCAACUCGGUUUAGUGGAGGAUGCUUCGACCACCAUUGUAGGGUGCAUCUUCUCAGAGAUAUCAGAUGUUGAUCUUGAGAGCUUGAAGUCACUUGUGCGUAGUACAAAAAAGAAUGAUGUCCAGUUUGUUAUAAUGAUGAUGGAUGAAGAUCAGAUGAUGAUAAUCAAGGAACUGGAGAGAACUGAUGAGGGAGGGAAUCUGAGGGUUGUAAAAGGAAGCAAUGAAGCUGUUUCUCAUUUGAUUAUCGCUGGAUCAGACAUUAUGCUUUGUAUAAACUUCUUCCAAGAUCCACUUCUCCAAGUCCCUCUCAAGGCUUUGAAGUAUGGAACUGCUCCAAUCGAACUAAACCCUCAAACCAUGCAUGUUGGAGGAACACAUGAACAAGAGGCCACCACCACUGCUAAAUUUUACAAUUCUUUAUUCGGAAGAAUGUCCUUAGGCCAAGCAUUGGAUCUUAUGAAAAAGGAUGGGAGGUUGUGGGAGUUAAAGAUAAUGGAAGCAAUGGAGAAAGACUUGUGUUGUGACGUUCACGUCUCUGCAUAUACUUCCAUUAAAGAGCCUGUGAAGAAGAAGAUUUGAAGAAGAAGAAGAAUGAAGCAGUAAAAUUCGAACUUGUAUUUGGCGAUCCUGGUCGUAAGAGACUUUUUCUUCCACCAUCCCACUCCAAAUCAUACUACAUAAGAACAUAAAAGGACAGUUGACUUAAGAGUAAUGUAAAUCAAUUCCUCAUGUGGAUAUCAUUCCAACGACAAGUGAUUAAAUACAUCACGUAGCUUUGUGCC